GAGAGAGAGAGAGAGAGAGAGGAGCCAGGUUUCUCCUCCUCAACCACCACCACCUAUCUGUGACGAUAAAGAAGCUGAUGGGCUGUUGAAAAGUAACACUUCUCUCCGCAGAGCCAAAGGUUGAGCACCGGGGAGGAGGAGGGGGGGCUCUCUCUGCCUAAAAAGAUCAUUUUAUUUUACGUUUCAGCUCCUAUGAUGUUGAUUAUGUGCGGUAGAAGUGGUUAAAUGAGGUAAGGAUUAUAAACGUUAACGUCGCCAACGGCUCUCCUCUCCUCUCCUCUCCUCUCCUCUCCGGCGGCGGCGGUACGCUCAGUCCUCCGGGCCGGUCGAUGAGACUCUCUCUUCGGGAGGGGACACCCAGGGGAUGUCUGAGGAGGCUGUCCGCCAGACGCGCAGCCAGAAGAGGGCGCUGGAGAAGGAUGUUGCUCCCGAUUCUGUAGAACCCUCUGAUGAUGAAAAUGAAAGCAAAAAGCCUAAAUUGGACCCUUCUGAAACUACAACACAGGAACAAAUUGAACCUGAACCUGACUCUGUACUGGCACAGGAAGAUCACAACCGGACUAUGGUCGGAUCAGAGCACGUGAAAGAGCAGGAGGAACGGCAGAGCCCGUCUCCGUUAUCUUUAGCGUUACCUUUGGCCUCUCAGCCAGUUAAGGACGAUCAGGAGCGGACCCAGAGAGAACAGAUGACGGUUGAACCCAGCUCAGACAAUCAGACUGACUGCAACGACAAAGCCAGCAAGGUGAGGACAGAGCCAGCUAUGGACACAAAGAGCCAGGUCCGACCGGCGGAGCCAAAGGUGUCCAGUGGCAUGCUGGCUGCAGGCGAGGUGAAGGCCACCAUUAAAGUGGAAGUUCAGACGGGAGAGCAGCCCGUGGACAUGAGCACCUCCAGAGGCAGUAUAAAAAAGGAGAAGCGCCCUCCGUCCUCUGAAGAUGACGAUGUCAUCAUCCUGUCAGAUAACGACUCCCCCAGUCCACAGAUGAACGGCUUGAGCCACUUUAAGGAACUGGACACAGACCUGCUCAUGAAGAGCAGCCCAGCGGAGAGGGAGCGCAUCAUUAAGCAGCUGAAGGAGGAGCUGAGACUGGAGGAGGCCAAGCUGGUGCUUCUGAAGAAACUUCGACAGAGCCAGAUACAGAAGGACACUCUCCAGAAGUCCUCAGGUCUGUCCGGCUCCUCUGCUCCUCCUCCUCUAAUUCGUGGAACAAUUACAAGCAAUAAAGGCUCUCAGCAGAUUUUGACAGGCAGGUGUUCAGGCACGGUCAUCCCUCCGCCGCUGGUGAGAGGAGGGCAGCUGGUGUCGUCCAAACAUGGCUCCCAGAUUAUAAUGCCACCUCUGGUCAGAGGGGCGCAGCCCAUCUCUGUAUCUCCACAGCAGAUCCAGGCUCUCCGCCAGCAGCAGCAGCAGCAGUUGGCCGCCUCUGGAGGCUCGGGCUCAGGACCGCCUCCUCUGCUGUUGGGCCCCAGGAACUCAGCCCCUGUAACCCACAUCCAGAGAGGCAUGGUCAACUCAGGCUUCAUCAGAAUUGGCAAUAGUGCUAACACACUGGUCUCCAGUUUGAAGGGCUCUUCCUCAGGAAGUAGCGGUGUGUCCGUGGUUAGCGUGAAUGACUCUCCAGCCAGCCGCCAAGCUGCAGCUAAACUCGCCCUGCGCAAACAACUGGAGAAGACCCUACUGGAGAUUCCCCCACCCAAGCCCCCUGCACCAGAGUUCAACUUCCUGCCCUCUGCAGCCAAUAAUGAGUUCAUCUACCUGGUGGGACUGGAAGAAGUGGUACAGAAUCUGCUGGAUACCAUCCACAGAGGGAAGACGGGUCUAGCACUGUCCAAGACCAUUACCAGAGAGCCCUUCACCUGCACCCAGUGCAAAACGGACUUCACCUGCCGCUGGAGGCACGACAAGACCAAAGGCGGGGCACUCCUCUGUGAACACUGCAUGUCAUCCAAUCAGAAAAAGAUUUUGAAAGCUGAGCAUACCAAUAGGCUGAAAGCUGCGUUUGUCAAAGCACUGCAACAAGAGCAGGAAAUAGAGCAGCGUAUUUUUCAGCAGACGUCCUCACCAGUCUCCCACAGUAGCUCCUCGUCCUCUUCGUCGAUGAAAGUAGAGAAGCUGGUGUCUCAGCAGCUGAAGCAGGCUCACGCCAGAGCGGCCUCCCUCCAGCACCUCCACCAGGCCAGUCGAGGAGCCAACAUGAUUCACCAUCACUCCAUCAAGCAGAGCUCCCAGGGCCAGCUGUCCCAUGGUAUCUCAUCAUUGGGGAUGAGGGGCACCCCCCACUCCUUCUCCUCCUCCUCCCAGCUGCAGAGUGCAGUGGCGGCUGCAGCUUUGGUCAGUCGGCCAGGUAAGCAUGCCCACUUUUCCCACCGCUCUGUCCAGAGUUCAAAGGUGAGCAGCAGUGGAAUCGCCGGCGGCAGGAAUAUCAGCGGAGGUAGUGCCUCAUCCACUGCAUGGAAGAAGCAGAGCAACAGCAACACAGGAGUCACUAUGGCUUACGUGAACCCCAGCCUGACAGGUCACAAGACAUCAGCCGCCGUUGACGCUCGUCAGAGGGAGUACCUGCUGGACAUGAUCCCCUCUCGCUCGUCGAUCUCGCAGACUGCAAACACAUGGAAAUAAUUUAAAUACUACUCUAGUACUACUUUGUUUUGUCCAAGUUCCUGAGUUCCAAUAAUAUGGUCAACAGCAACCCCUGGAGGACUGUUAAGCAAAUACAAUCUCUCAAAGAUGAAGAAACGUUCCUUCCUUACCUUUGUAUGAUUGUUCUUUGAGUUUUCUUUUUUCCUGUCGUUUAUUUUGAGAUUUGCUGUUCUUUGGUAAUUGUGCAGAAACUAUUUUGAUUGGAUUGGGGCAAAGAAAAAACUAAUACUUGAAGGGCUUCCCCCUGGGUACUUCUGUCCUCCAGACUGGGUGGUUAAAUGAUAGUGUGAUAAGAAGUUAUGUGUGCAUUGAGUACUCUGUUCUGGGCUUAUAUGCCCUUUCUGCCAUGAUGUGGGUUAAACUGACCCAAGCUUUUGACACUUGAAUGGUUAUAGUCAUACCCAAGAGUUCACAUUCAACAACAUACACAUUUAUUUUAAGCAAAAAACAAAAUAAUGGAGUUGUAAAAGUUCCAGCACAGCCCUGUAGUUAAAGGUUUGAAUUUAUUUUGUAUUUACAGUAAGUUAUUUUGUUUUUUUAUUAUUAUAUUUCAGUAUAUGGUGGUUUCCACAAAUGAAGAGUUUAUUCUAGCUUUUUUUUCCUCCCAUUUAACAGCAUGCCUUCCCCGAACCCCUCUGUUCAUUUCACACCUUAGCUGAAGAAGCAUGGUGUCGUUGCUCAAUUCAUCUGUAAUUACCAUCUGUAAUUUGCUUAUUUUAUAUUAAUGUCAACAUUGUAAGAUUAAUUUGAGUGUUUUGUCAUUGCUGAGAAAAUGCAAACUCUGAAGGAGCUGGAUUUGCCACACUUGAAGCAGAGAUCUUGCUUCAGAUUUAGUCAACUAUAAUCCAAACAACAACACGGCCUGAAUCAGUUGUUAAAGGGACUAUCUCCCAGCUACCAAGAGCCUGGAAUACACAAGAUAAGUUCAUCUUGUACCCCUCACCAUACUGCAUCAUUUCUCUGCUCCUCUGCAUUGUACAAACUUAUUUGGUUUACUUUUUUCCUAGCUCAUAAAGAAAUAAAAAUAUACAUUUUAAA